AUGUGCGACGCCAAGGCCGUGAAAGUUCUGUUCAAGUCGCCAGUGACUGACGACAUGAUUCGGUUCCUCACCAACACCACGCUGCGUGUGAUUCCAUGCGACAGAGAACAAAAAAACGCGUAUCCGUCGCCGCCUUCGAGCCCACGCGAUACGCAGCCCCACAAAAGGUCGCUGCCCUCUCUGAUGACUUUCAUCUCGCGGCUGGUCCGCUACACCAAUGUUUACACCUCGACCUUGCUCACAGCUACUUGCUACUUGCACAAGCUGCAGCGAAUCCUACCUAGAGAUGCGCACGGACUGCCCUCCACCAGCCACCGUAUCUUCUUGGCGUGUUUGAUCCUCAGCGCCAAGUUCCACAACGACUCCUCCCCUCAAAACAGACACUGGGCCGAAUACACAGACGGCGUGUUCUGCUUGGAAGACGUGAACCUGAUGGAACGCCAGCUGCUGCAGCUGCUGGACUGGGACGUCAGGGUAGGCGAAGAGGACCUGUACGAGUCGCUGCAGCCGCUACUAGAGCCCAUCAAGCUCGAUCUACAAAGAUCUAGAAAGGUCAUGGCUCGCAAUUACUACCACCAGCGCAACAUCAGCGCCAGCUCCAGCACCAGCACUUUGGUGGGGACGCCCAGCUUGCAAUCGCUGAAAUCGGUGCCGUCGUGGUCCAGACUGCCGUCGUUGUCGAGGCUGUCGUCUUCGUCGUCGCUAUCGACAACACUAGAGACGCUUCCAGACAAAAUGGCGCUGGGCCCGCGCGGGCACUCGCCACACGACUACAACGCUGUGGCUAUGGUAUAG